AUGUAUAUCAACUGGGCUGGACUCUUUACCCGAGGGUCGACAUUCGUCAGUUCAGUUCGACCCGAAACUCGCAGCGUUUCGACAUAUACCGAAAAGGCUGUUUCCGCUAUCCAAGCAAUGAACGAUGAAUUCUACAACUCUGCUACCGGUACAUGGGACAAUGCCUGGUGGUCCAGCGCCAACGUGGUCACCACUCUCGCUGAUUUCGUAACUCUAGAACUCGAAGAGGCCAACAAGCUAAACAUUGGAGGCAUUCUCGCUACAACAUACACAAACGCUCAAAAGACAACCGUUCACACUAUGAAGACAAUGACAGACGGUGUCGUCACCUCCGCCUACUGUCUAGACUCAGACUCUGGCUGUAUGAUGAAGCGUUCUUUUCUCGGAAAACGUGGCUUUGAUAACUUCCUCAACGAGUUCUACGACGACGAAGGAUGGUGGGCUCUGGCAUGGAUCAGAGCGUCCGACGCUACUGGAGACCAGCAGUACCUCGAAGCUGCCAUCGACAUCUUCAACGACAUGCAGACCGGCACUGGAACGAAAUGUGGCGGCAUCCGGUGGAAGAAGGAAGGCGAAGAAGGUUCAGGCUAUGUGAAUGCCAUCGCCAACGAACUCUACCUGAUGACGGCUGCUUCUCUGGCACGACGCGUCCCCAAUAACGGCACAUACCUCGAGAUCGCCAAGAAGCAAUGGAACUGGUUCCAGGAUAGUGGCAUGAUCAACAAGGAUGGACUGAUCAACGACGGACUUAACGACGAUUGUAAGAACAACGGUCUGCAAACCUGGUCUUACAACCAAGGUGUUGUCUUGGGCGGUCUUGUCGAGCUUGCUCUCGCAACAGGCGACGAUAACUACACAAAAAAGGCCCACAAGAUUGCACACGCAGCUAUUGAGCACCUCUCCAACCCUGACGGCAUCCUGAUCGAGACGGACGACUGUGAGCACAAGGAUGGCCACUGUGGCGCUGAUGGGCAACAGUUCAAGGGUAUCUUUGUCAGAAACUUGCGAUACCUGCACACUGUCUCACCCAAAGCACUUUAUCGUCGGUUCAUCACCAAAAACGCCAUCUCGAUCUGGAGGAACGGCCGCAGCGAAGAUAACUUGUUGGGAGUCGCUUGGGCCGGACCAUAUGUCCGCGCCACUGGUCCCUCGCACAGCAGUGCCUUGGAUGCUAUUGUGGCAGCCAUUGCUGUUUCUUAG